CGGGGCCCGGCGCCGCCGGUCCCGCCAUGGCCGCCGCCGUCUCCGUUACCGCCGCCCGCGCGGCGCGUCACGGCCGGCUCGCGGGCAGGGCCCGGGCCGCCGCACCCGCACAGCGGGGCUGCCACCACGGCCAUGGAGGGAGGGAAAAAGCGCCAGGAUAAAGACACGUCAAAAGGAAAAAAACCACCUCAGGAUGCUUCAGGCACAGCUCCAACAGAAGGAAAGGCAAAGCCAAAAAGCUGUAACACAUACAGACUGGAGCCACGUAGUAAAGUUCGGGAUGCUUUAGUCAGAGACAAAGCUGAAGCAAUACUAACGAAGAAACUACAGGAAGCCACAUAUGAUGGAGCUUCUAGUCCCUUCUUGUGUGCUUCAAUAUCAGAAGAAAUAUUAAAUGCUGUGAAGGAAUUGGAUUAUGACCGUUAUAAGUAUGUGGUGUCAGUGCUAAUUGUGGAAAAGGCAAAACAGGCAAUGAUUCAGCUUAACUUGUUUGAGGAGGUCCUGAACCUUUUACCUCCUUUAUGGGUAAUAGUAUCCCAGGUGACAAUUCAAGGUGCUGCUGUGAUUCUGCCUACUCUCUGAAGGUUGUUGUCUUCAUGUGUUCAGUUGCCAGCAGAUGCCUCUGGGAUGCUGAGAGAGACACUUGGAUUUCAGCUAAAUGUGAAACUGAUACAUUUAUUGCACUGGCUUUGGUAAUGGCUUGUUAUUACGACUAAAACUGAAAGUCACAGCUGCAUUCGUGCAUCACAAUACACGGUAUAUUUGAAAAAUUUCAAAAUGUCAUUAUUUUGGUAUUCCUUUUUGUCCUAUUGCUGUUGGCACAUUCAAAAUGACAUAUAGCUGAGAUAAUUUUGCUCUGUUUAAAAAAAAAAAACCAAACAAAACUGCUUUGGAAAUGUUUAUGGUUGGGUACAUAUGGGCUUCAUCUGUUGUAAUGCUCUGCUGUGGAAGUGGGAGCAGCUGGUGUAAGGCCAAACAUUGCAAAAUUUUGAAUGUUGCUUGUCUGUUGAGUGCCUAGGACUGUUCACAUGCUUAUAUGCGGUUGCAGGUAUCAGUUUUCUUAAAAGCAUGCUUUUUGUAAGAAAAA